GAAAACAAACGGACAAGCACGAGCCAGUCGGACACAAACAGUUGAUUGUGUGGUGUACGUAGGUCGGUCGCGCGAGUGCCAACCUGUUUCCCGCGAAAGAAAACUAUGCACGCGAAUUUCCGUUCGACCACAGACGCGUGUCGAUCGGAAAACCCAUGAGAAAAAUGAAUUGUCGUGCCGUCGGUGCCGUAAAAUGUUCACGCGGGAUUUCCUCUCGCGCUGCCGCUGGUGUGUCGUGUUUGUUGUGUUCUUCGCGCGCCACCACGUUCACUCCACACCGUUAGAUCCCGUUCGACGUGUGUCGGCGGCAGGCGUCGACUUGAACUCCUGGAUCAACCACUACGAUGUCGCCGCUUACGAACCAUUGGCGCAGCAACGGGGCCGGCACCGGAGGGACGCGCGGCACGGGAGCGGCAGCCCCGUCCGGUUGGAGGUGAAGGGAGCAGGAAGGACGUUCAGGCUGGUGCUCGUCCCCGACGAGGCCGUCUUCUCCGACGACGCGGUGUUCGAGUCGACGAGAAGGCCGUCGACGACGCUCGGCGUCCCGGCGACCUACGUCGGCACCCUCGAAGACGACGACGAAGCCAUCGUCCACGGUAUCAUCACUGCCGACGGGCUGUUCGAGGGCACGGUGACGACUCCCUCGGAGGAAUACCACAUAGAACCGAUUAGCAGGUACCUGGGGCUCAACCUAGAUACCGAGCCUAGAUUCCAUUCCAUAAUAUACAAAGCGUCGGACGUGGAUGAUCCGAGAGAGGGCGCGCCAUGCGCGUCGCACCGUUUACACGAGCGGCGCGUCACAGAGAACCGCGUCAAAAGGUGGCUGCUCCAGGCGGAGGCGAAGCUGCCCUACGACGAAGACAUCGGGCCGUUUCCGAACCGCACACGGAGGCCGAUCAUCACGACGUUCGACAUCAACCAGCAGCAGAUCGACGAGGAGCUCGAGAUCGGAAACCGGACGAUUGUGGACGCUUCCGCCUUGGUGUUCAAGAACAUCUACAAGAGGGCGACCGUCGACCCCAAGAAAACCACCUGCAUGCUCUACCUGCAGGCGGACCACCAGUUCUUUCAGAAGUACGGCACCGAGGAGGCUUGUAUUGAGGUGAUGACGCGGCACGUCCAGCGGGUCAACGCGAUUUACAGGAACACCGAUUUCAACCAAGACGGCAAACGGGACAACAUCACCUUCAUGGUGAAACGCAUAAAGGUGCACACCGUCGAAGCCCUGAAGGACCCCCUCUACCGGUUCCCCAACAACUACGGCGUGGAGAAGUUCCUCGAGCUGUUUUCAGAGGAGGACUACGACGCGUUCUGUCUCGCCUACAUGUUCACCUACAGGGACUUCGAAAUGGGUACGCUGGGGCUUGCGUGGACCGGCGACCUCAAGAACGCUGGCGGUGUUUGCGAAAAAAAUGGGCAUUACCGCGGCAGCAUGAAGUCCCUCAAUACCGGCAUCGUGACCCUGCUCAACUACGGCAAGCAUGUGCCUCCGGCCGUGUCCCACGUGACCCUCGCCCACGAGAUCGGCCACAAUUUCGGAUCGCCGCACGACCCGGAACAAUGCACGCCCGGUGGCGAGGACGGCAACUUCAUCAUGUUCGCUAGGGCCACCUCCGGCGACAAGAGGAACAACAACCGCUUCUCGCCCUGUAGCCUAAAGAGCAUCAACCCUGUGCUGAACUACAAGGCGAGGUCGACCAAGGGCUGCUUCACCGAACCGAAAGCUGCGAUCUGUGGUAACGGCGUCGUCGAAGAGGGCGAGGAGUGCGACUGCGGGUGGGAGGAGGACUGCCGCGACCAGUGUUGCUUCCCCAUGCGUCGUUACCCGCCCCUGGAUGAACCGCCGUGCCGCUUGACGCCCCGCAGCAUCUGCAGCCCGUCCCAAGGCCCGUGCUGUACCGCCGACUGUCAGGUCAAGUUUGGCGACAAGUGUCGCGACGACAACGGAUGCCGGGACGAGAGCUUCUGCAAUGGCAAGGAGCCCCAGUGUCCGCCGUCCAUCAACAAACCGAACCGCACCAUUUGCAACAAGGAGUUCGUGUGUUUCAUGGGGGAGUGCACCGGGUCGAUAUGCCUCGCGUACGGCCUCGAGUCGUGCCAGUGCCUUCCCCGUGGCGGCGACCCCAAGACGAAAGCCUGCGAGCUAUGCUGCAAGUUGCCCGGCGAUAACCAGCCAUGUCUCUCCUCAUUCGAUUGGAAUGAUAUGCCGUACGAUAUCCCAGACAUGUACUCGAAACCGGGAACGCCUUGUAACGACUACAGCGGCUACUGCGACGUGUUCCAAAUGUGCCGGGAAGUGGACCCGUCCGGACCGCUGGCUACGCUCAGAAAACUCCUGCUCAGCGAGGAGAGCAUCGCCAGUUUCAGACGGUGGAUCGUCGAGUAUUGGUACGCGGUGGCGGCCAUCCUCGUCGCCGUCGUGACCUUGCUGGUGCUGAGCACUCGGUACCUCGGUAAGCGUCCGGAUCUCAAACUGAAAGGCGUCACCAUCGUGCACGACUCGACAACGGAGGCGGUGCGGCUGCCCCGGGACGCGGACGGCGGCGUCACCGUGCACCCGGGGGUGCGCUCCAAGCUCCCGCUCAAGCGCAAGGUGCGCGACGGUAAGGUGAAACGCAAGCGCGUCAAAGAACCGACCGCCAAAAACUCGCCGAAGAAGAAAAAGACGCGGGUGACCGCGGCGGCGGUGGCGGGCGCGGAGUCUGCCGCCGUCGAGGUGUUGCCGCACGGCAAGGUGAAAAAAGCGUCCAAAAAGCCGGCGAAAGUGAAAAAGAAGAAACGGGAGGUGAUCGACUACAGUAGCGUACGGGCGGACGUGGACGGCGGCGCCACGGAGCCGGUGGUGCACGCCUCCGCGGACGCGGAUCCGGUGGGAAAAGUGCAAAAUUGGCUUCGGGCGCAGUACACGCUGCCCAAGUCGAAGUCUACGCCGGCCGGGUUGACGGAGAAGACGAGGAGGAGCCCGCAGAAGAGGUCCGCCGCACGGCCUAGGGCCGACGGGAUCAAGUCACGCAGCGUGGGCAACAUCCCCGCGGGCGACAAGGAAAAGGUGCGGCUGCAGGUGGUCUACAAGCCCCCGUUCAAGUUUAGCCUGAAGCUGCGUAGACCGGAGAAGACCAGUGCCGUGAUUGAGCCCGUCAAAAGACUAGUGCCGCGGACCGGCGUGCUGGUGCGGACGACGAUCCGGGAAGUCGCCAAACAGCCGACGGAGACGAUGACGACGACACCUCCCGUCGACUUGGCGACUGUCGACAUCGAUUCCAACAUCCAUACCGUCCAGUCGGACCUCGAGGGUCUGCUCUCUGAGAACGAUUACGUCAACGUCGACGGUUGACCCUCAUGUGAUAUUUUCCCCUCGGGGGUCCGCGGCCAUUUCGGCGCGGAAAACCCGCAGUGCCAAAGGGCUCGCUUACCGCUAUCCAAUUGUACUUAAAUCCGUAUUUUUUAUAACGCGAAACGUAAGAGCGCCGGCGGGGGCAUCCGGAACACGUCGAUUCCCUCACAACCGGUACUUAACCCGAUAACCAUUAAUUAACCACGUCGAUGUCUUUAUUAACUUUGUUUUAUUGAAUAAAACUAAUUUUUCCAGUCGUGUUCGCUUAUUUCGCUUUA